AUGGCUUGUGAAAGUGAUGGUCCGGUGGAUGCCGACGUUUCUCAGAGACUAAACCACACUUCAGGAGGUACUUGGGUUAAUAAAAAAACAAAAAACAAAAAAGAGCAAAAACAAAGAAGAGGGGAAUCCAGGGUGUGUUUACCUCCAACGAGCGUUAUCGCAAGCAUGGCAUUGCUUUGGUUCUCAAGUGUAGUUCUUUUUCUUUCCCUCUACUGCACUCGCUUUCACAUUCAAACUCUUAGUUCUACCUGCUUAGUUCAAUAACCUCUGUUUUGAAAUAUUUAUGGAAUUUAAUGUAUUCAUAUAUAAUGUACUCACAUUAUGUAACUUGUAUAAGAACAUUUUUAAAUGUGCUUAUACAAGAACUUUAUUGAAUAUUUAAACAUUAUUUGAACAUUAUUGAAUACUUAACAAUAUUCAAAAUAAAUCAUUGAGUCCUCGACGGUCGAACUAAGAACAUUAGUCUCCUAAGACAGCCCGCUGUAGAAAGCAGUUAAGCUUACAAGAGAAGCUCAGAAUGGUAUUUAAUGCAGGGGCGGAUCCAGGAUUUGAGAGUCUGAGAGUUCAUGGCAAACUUCCCAGGGCCAAAGGAAUGGGGAAGAAGGGAGUUGGAGGGUAUUGUUUGAAUACGUAGAUUUUCGACAUUUUUUAUUUCAGUGGUAUAAAUUUGUCAAAUUUAAGACACUAUUAUUAACGACUAAGACUACAGUGCAACAACGAUGGUUGUUUGUCAAACCGACUAGCUUGAAAGAGCCUCCUUGGAGGAGCCUCUAGAAGGCUUGCUGGCAAAUCUCGUCUUCCUCGAAUCGUUCGGAGUAGUUUAUGGCGAUCUACUGCGAGAUCAGAGAAUCCAUCUUCAGGCGUUGUUGACCUAGAGCAGGUCUUGAUUCAUUUCAUCAGUGAAAACGACGGCUCAGCUUCUGCGCUUGUGAUCGAUAGGGUGCAGGCAAUGACCAGAAGGCAACAGAUGUUUGGAAAAGCAUCAUCACAAACACCAAGUGCUAAUAUAAGGCUCUUUGGAAGCCCCUUAUCCGUUGACUGCCAGAGUGUUUUCCAUCUACUUAGUACCUAAUUUCCAAGGGAUUUCUCCCAGAACAGCAUUCCUUCUACUUCAUCAUCCAGCUGCUCUGCUUUAUUUACUAUAAUCGAUGGCACGACACAAAGAUCUUGCAUUUGGAUGAUUAAGGAGUCAAGAAGAAGAAUAGCUACAGUCUUCUUGUAAUGAUCGAUUUGACUGGACCUUACAUUAUAACUUUUAAUAUUAUUUUUGGCGUGAAAAAGGGAUAGACAUGGGUAGCCAGACAAGUUUGAAAACUUCCCAAGGGGGGUGUUGCAACCCCCUCAACUCCCCCCUGGAUCCACCUCUGUAAUGCUAGACACAGUUUCAAUUGUCUUGACUCCACUGGUCACUAUGUACAUGAAUGCGUGCAUGGAGGGAUGUGGAAGAGCUCAUCAUCGUUUAUUGCACAGGCCUGCCAACCUCAGCCGCGAAUCCGGUAAAGUAACAGGAAGAGAAGUUCCCCCAAAUAAAUCCUUUACAACGCCUUUCUCUCCAACAACACCUAACACGGACGUGCUUGUAAAAACAGUGUUGGUAAGAAUCAAGUGUCACUUAAGAUCUGGAAGAGACAACGAGAGUCAUGUUUGACGACGGCUCUGGGAAAACUGGGAUUGGGAAAGGACGUGCGGAUGAACUACGAUUAGACGGAACCAAUGAAACAGCGAUGGUAACAACCUUCGGACAGAUUUGUGGAAAAGCCUGCUACAAGCCACAAGGUUGAAUUUUCUUUGGCUGACAAACAAGGAAAUAAUCGGGUUAAAGUCAAAGCCCUAGCUGUUGAUGACGUUGGUGCACCUGUGAGCGCAGAAAGAGUUACCCCAAGUACUUAGCCCCAUCGUGACAAGAUCAAAUUCGCAGAUAGUUACCCGAGAGGAAUGCAAAUUGCAGAUGUCUAAAUCGGACAGGAUUUUGAAUUAGGAUUUGUAACAUCUGAACCAAAGAUCCUUGUUCCUAAAGGUGCGCCCAGUGCGAUUAAACAACUCUGUGUUGAAUUUUGUGUGGUCCACUCAAUGAAGGCCAACUACGCAAAUAAAACCUGGGGGGAGACUAUGGGAAUGGAAUGUACUAAUGAAACUGCGGUCUCCCUCAGAGAUUGAGCAAUAAUUGAACAGUUUGAAAGGAACAUUGAGCAAGAUGGAGAUUGACAUUACAAAGUCAUGUCGCCCUGAAACAGUAAGAAGCAUCUUCUUGGGAGCAAUAAUAUGAUGCUCAAGCCGAAGUGAGUUUAGAGCAAAUCGAAAGAAAAUUGAAACGAGAUCCUGUACUAUGAAAGGAAUAUCAGGAAGCAGAAGAAUGUCCCCAAAGGACGGUCGUCCCAUUUAUUAUGUGCCUCAUGAUGUCGUGAUCAGACCAGAACGAGAAACAACCAAGAGUCGGAUAGUGUUUGACGCAUCAGCACAAAUUGAAAACGACGUUUCACUUAGUGAUUGCAUAGAAACAGGCCCAGCAUUACUGCUAGAACUUGUUAGCAUCCUAAUACGUUUCAGAGAGCAUCGCGUUGCGAUUAUGGCUGUCAUUCAGAAAAUAUACCUGCAAGUGAAACUCAAAAAGGAAGAUCGUGAUGUCUUCCGUUUCCUUUGGCGCGACAUGGACUCUGGUGCUCCACCGCGAAUCAUGCGAAUGGUGACUCUACUUUUUGGAGCAAAUCCAUGUCCCAUUCUGGUAAUAGCGAGCACAAGAUAUCACGCAAAGAGGAAUUAAAAGGAAAUUCCUCAAGGUGCACGGGUAGUCAAAGACGACUUCUGUCCAUGAGCUGGGCAGACAGCUCAGCUGCUCUUUAGUGGAUUCGAGACCCUUCUGGUCAGUACAAACAUUACGUAGCCAUGCGGGGCGACUAGAUAAACAAAUUAACAGAGCCUCAGUGUUUGAGGUACUGCCCCAGUGUUGACAACCCAGCAGAUUUAUCAUCUAGAGGAAUCACUGCAACUCAGCUUAUAUUUUGCAAUCACUGGUGGAACGGUCCAAGUUGCCUUUCUCAGCCAGAAGGUCAAUUUCCGUCAGACGUGAAGACUACAGAGAACGUAUCAAAGGAAGAGAGAGGUUUUCGGUGAUGAAAGGAAACGCUGUUGAAAACGCAAAAUCCUUCUCUUCGGAAGUUGCUGCUAGUAACUGCAGAUGUCUUGCGAUUUCUGCAAAAUGCUUCAGGUUCGCCCAGUGAGAGGAACACGGGAUUGCUAUCAGCGGAAAAAUUGAACGAGGCUAAGGUCUAUCUUAAGGGUUUUGAAGUCUUACCAAAGAAUAAAAAGGUUCAACAAUCUAUCUCUAUAUCUUGACAGUGAGACGGGUUAAACCAGAGUUGGCGGAAGAAUUCACAAAUCAAGCCUUACUUAGGAAACAAAAUAUCCUGUCUUUUCUCCUCACCAGAACAGAUUCGUAGACUUGCUAAUCCAGGAGGCUCAUGAGAAGCAGUUAUAUGCGGUAACCAAUUCAGCCCUUACGCAUACAAGGUGUCAAGCGAGUCCUAUAUUUCUAUAAAAUCCUAAUUUUUCAGACCGCUCCUAUAAAGUCCUAUAAAGUGAACAAAUUCCUAUAUUUUAAGCCUUGUCCAUGAAAAAUUCAAGAAAUAUUUAAAAAUUUAAAUAAAUGUUUGAUUGGUAUGGAAAAAGAUCCACAAUUCAGAAAACUUUAAUGUCUCAAAGAUGUGUUUGCUAGACCUCAAAAUGCAAAAUGUUUUUUAAACUUCGGCCAAGUUCUCUUCUGUGCAGUGGAUUAUGGGUUGACUGUGGGGGUCCAUCCUUUACGUACUCGUGCACUUUAAAGGCCAAGAAUGCAUCACUCCAUUAAAGGGAAAUAGCAGCCCUUAAUGAAAAAGAGAAGGAGAUAAGAUAAAGCUGGAAGGAGUUGGCCAGCUCCUUAUGGACGGUAACAAGAAACUGAAGAGUUCAUUCAAACGCAGUGACAGAACUGGCAUGAGCGCAGCAGAGGUAAUGACAGAAACUGCUACAGGGCUAUGACAGAGGCUUAAAACAGAGUCAAUCUGAGCUGAGAAAGAGGCAGAAAGGUGUUGUGUGUCAGAAACGGACGCUAAUUGAAAAAAGCUUAGGAGAAGUUCCACUUCCUACGAAAAUGCCAAGAGUGAAUGCCUCACUACCAAAGCAGGCAGCAAAAAAAGAAGAAAUCCAACGUUCGGAACACUACUACAACAACGUAACAAUAGUGGCGAUGGAGUUAACCAUGAGCUGGGCUGUAAUUUGCGGAUGCUUUAACUGAUCUGAAAUACUUUUGUUCACAUUGGCUUUCAUUUGACCUAGUUUCUGUAUUCCAAGUGUUAUUGUCGGUAUUUCUAUUUCUGUAUGCACAGAAGUGUCAGUAUUGAGUUUUGGGUUCGAACUUGUUGAUAUUGUCAACCAUUAUUGAAUUGAAAAAAAAAUUAAGAUUGCUGUUGUUAUUAAUCUUGUAUGCGGAAGAGUUCAUUGUUACUGAGAUGCAGUUAUAAUCCCAGAAGAACAACGUUAUUUUUCCUUUUUUUUUCCUUUUUUUUCUUUCUGAACAAAAUGAUGGACUUACUAUAAGUUUGAAAAAGGGUCGUCCUUUUGUUGGCCCUUUCAUCUUGGCAACAGGUUAAAUGAAUAAGUAUAUCUAAAGAGUCUAUAUGAGAUAAAGAACCCAGUGUUGGGCCGGUAAGUUCAUCAUCAUCAUCCUUCGACUGCGGAGCAGUCGACCAUAAGUUUCCUCCAUAUGGCUGUCUUGAGCCAUCUCCAACAGCUGAUUGUCAUUUAGCAGAUUAUCAGGGUCCCCCAGAAGACAAUGAAUAUAAGUGGUGAACAAGGUUCGCUGUCUCCCGGGUUUCUUCUUCCCAUGAGUAGGAACAUACAUUACAAAAUCUCUGACAGGCUCAUUUUCAGGCAAGCGAAGCACAUGACCAAGGAAUCUCAGUUGUCGAAGUCUGACGUCAAUAAGGGGGGCUGAUUCUGUGAGGCUGUAGAUUGUAGCAUUUGGCACCCUGUCGAUUCGCCUGAUGUUCAACAUGAUUCGGUUGCAGGACGUGCCAAAAGAAUUGAUUUUGUUCUCCAUGUCCUUAGAGAUGACCCAUGACUCGGAGCCAUAUAGUAAUACUGUAAUACAAGUUGUCUUUAACGACUUCAUCUUGGUGGAGAUAGGUAUGGAUGGGCUUUUCCAUAGACGGUCUAAUUUCCGAAAUGCUGUCCAGGCAAGAGCUUUCCUUCUCCUCUGGUCACUGGCGCUAGAUGCCAUCAUGGAACCUAGGUAUUUGAAGUCGGUCACAUGAUUUAUGGGGGUUCCAUACACUUGCAGUGUGGGCUGCGGAUGACAGUGAAUGGUCAUAAACUCUGUUUUGGGUGCACUGAUAACAAGACCAAGCUCUGCAGCGGCAUCAGCAGUUCUGGUGAGCUGGAAUUGGGCCCGCGACAUUGAGGAUACCAGGAGGGCGAUGUCGUCAGCGAAGUCCAGGUCAUUCAGCAUUCUGGCUGGAUAUCUUCUCGACCGUCGAGGACAGGUUACCACUCCACAGUCAGGUCCAGAUGCCUUACCCAAAAGGUAGUCAACAAAAAUAAUAAAAAGGAAGGGGCCAAAACAUCACCCUGAAGAACUCCUGUUGUUGCAUCAAAGGGUUCGGAGACGCUUCCAUCCACCAUUACAGCGCUGCUGGAAUUGCUGUAAAGAACUUUUAUGGCGUUGACUGUAACUGUUCUGUUGAUGGAAUCAAAGGCUUUCUUAAAAUCCACAAAGGUAACAGUAAGUGGGAGUUGGUAUUCUUGGAAACCUUCCAUAAUUCUUCUCAGUAAGUGGAUUUGUUGUGCACAGCUUCGACCUGGUCUAAAGCCACCUUGAUUUUUCCUCAGAAUGGUCGAAUUCUAUCGGACCGGAUCGGACCUUUGUCAAUCAAGAACGAAUACCAAGAAGCUGAGAAGGCUUAUGCCUGUCUAUUUACGUCUUGUGCAACAGGUGUAGUGCAUCUCGAGCUCACACGCAGCAUGACCACCAAACGUUUUUUAUUGGCUUUGACAAGGAUGAUGUCGAAAAGAGGCAUGAUUGACGUGAUUUCGUAGGACAAUUUUAGAUCGUUUUAAAACGCUGACAAAGCUCCGCCAAUUCUGGGAAGUUAUCUCAAGCGAUAUCACAUAGGAAAUGGUCAAGGGUAGUUGUAUUUGAAUUCGUCGGAAGUUCAUUUGCCCUCGCGCACCCCCCACUGGGGAGGAUUUAUGAAAGAUUGGUGAAGUCAGUGAAUACACCCUGGAAAAAGAUGCUUUGAAAUGCGAUGUUGACUGAAGAAGGAAUAAGGACAGCACCUACAGUAGUUGAAAUUUGUAAACCGGGCUUGCGCAGUGCACGGUAUCUCACUUCCGGUCGUCGUCGUGAAUCUUAAGUUCCCUAUUAUGUAACUUGUAUAAGAACAUUUAAAUAUUCAAAAUAAAUCAUUCAUUCCUCAACGGUCGAACUAAGAACAACCUCAUUUACAAAGGCUGUUAUCGCGUACGAAUUCUCUGGAACAACAAUUCUUUUCCUCUCUUUCAAGACAUUAAAGCGUUCUAUUUUGCACAAAUUCUUAAAGCAUUCCUUCUUUUUUUACAUUGUUUUUGCUUUAUCACACUAUAAUUAAUUAAUUUAGAAUAUUUUCAUUUUUAAAUCGUUUCGCCCUGAUGAAGAGUGCAGAUCAGGCGGUCGAAAGUUCGUGUUUAAACAAAACGAUAGAGAACUUUUUUUGAUGUUUUAAUAUUAUUUGUUCUGGCUGCCGCCCCUCUUUUUAACCUUGUGAAUGUUUUAUGAUUUCCUUGUAGUUCUAACUAACUCACUAAGAUUUUUUCUCGCUACUGUAAAGCAGCUUGCUAAGCACCAUUCGGUUAUAUCCUGUAGGUGAUCAUGGCUCUGAUCAAGACACUCUCCCAUUCGAGGUCAAUUAUUACACAUCCGGAGAGACAAAAUGUACCUUUCAGUUGAAGAACGUAGACGACGAUGAGAACUAUUCCCUCUUUCUUGACCUGCUAUCGAACAUCGUCGACGCCGUUAACAAACUGGACACCAAGAGGUUUUGUGAAUUUCUCAAUCCUUUACCCGAUUUGAAAAAAGAUCUGCGAGAUUGGAACAAGAGGCGUAAGGAAUGGCCGGUUGAAAUUGAUGACGAUGCUUUGCUACAAAAGAUACGUGAUAGAAUUAACAGCUCGGCCAAAGAAAUUAUUUGUCCUUACCCAGCACAUGGAAAAAUUACUUGCUUAGACGUAACAGUCCAAGACGAUUUUGACCCCAAAGGAGAACUUCAAAAAGUAAUAGAGACUAAUGCCGCUGAGGUGUCUGAUACCGAGUCUGAAGCUGGUGAGGAGACAAGUAUCGGAGAAGAGAAAGAUGACUGUGUGGUAGAUGAAAACCCUCCAGACGAAGGAAAAGAAGUUGAUGAUGUGGCUCGUUCAAAUCCCGAAAAACCAUGCUAUUUUCCAACACAGAUUGAAAUGGCAGCAAUCCUUAAGCAGCGAAUAGAGGCCAUAAUGGAGUAUUAUUACGGAAUCGCGAACCUCAGUGACGCUUUUGAUGAUAUUGACUUUACAGUCUACACGGCUCGGUACCGGAUGCUUAGCGAUCAGACCAAGCAAAGGAUCUGUCACCCAGACGCUGGCGUCCUAUCAGAAGAGGAAUUGACGUCACACAAAGAGGGCAAUGGAACGAAGAGAAUGUUUAUGUAUGGUCACGGCGAGGAUGCUGACAAGCACUUUGAACAGCUCAAGAAAGAGGUCAUAGAAAAGCCGAAAACCCUCUUCAUCAUUAUUGCAGACGAAUGCCACUGGGGAAUCACUAAAGACAAGGACCAAAAACCAUCCGCACAUAAUCUGUUUAUAAAUAAUUGGUGUGAAGAAUCCCCCAUAAAUGUCGUUGUAGUUCAAAUCUCCGCAACACCAUUCAACCUACUAACUCAAGACUCUCGCCUUCCUGUAGUCCGUUGUCUUGUUCUUCAUGACAAAGUCACUACCACUCGAAAAACGUACGAGGCAGGGGAUCUCUUAGUCGAAGAAAGUGAUCCUGAGAUUGAAAAAAGUGUAAAAGAAUCGACUCUGGAGGUAGAGCUUCACGUCGUCGAUUGGUCGGAAGUCGAGGUAAAGAACUUUGAAAGGGGAAUGCGGAUGAAACUGAAGUCGACAUUAUCAGAUAAAGGCUUACGCUCUUUAUACAGUCACGUCUUGCCAGAUGCAAAGCUGGAUCAAUCGCAUGA